UUCACUCUCUCUCUUUAUCUCUUUCUUUAGCAUAUUUUUCUCUCUUGUUUAGUCACACCUCACAAGUAAUAUCUUGUCUCUCCUUUUUAACUCAAUUGGGAUCACUUUACCAACCUUGAUCUUAUUCAUUUUCCUUCAUACCCUUCUCUCUUACACUUCUUUAUUUGGCUAUCUUGUGAGGACUCCACCAUACAACCUUUUGGUCUUCUUUAUUUUAGCUGUCUCUCUCCGUCUCUCACAAGAUCAUCUACUAUUUCUAUAUCUACCCAACUAUUCCCUUCCUUUCCUAAUUCCAAACAAUCAUGGCUGAUCCCUAUUCCAAUUACUUCAAUGGAUGGUAUAAUCUUAACCAUCUACACCACUUGUCUGCUUCAACUUCUUCUUCUUCUCCUUCUUCCAUUAAUCCAUCCAUUUAUGCUUCCUAUGGCUGCAAUAUGUACACUUCAGGUUCUAUCUUUAAUAACAACAUCUGUAAUAACAGCUCGUUACUUCAUUACCAAUCUUCACCUCCUUCUCCUCCUAUAAAAGAAGCUCUUCCACUUCUAAGUUUAAGCCCAACAAGACAUGAUGAUCGGCAAGAAUCCUCUUGUACUGUCAUGGAAGUAGACAAGAACAACAAAUUAUUAGAAAAAGAAGAAAGCUUUUUCGGUGAUGAUGAAUCUGUAGGUGUUGCUUUACAUUUAGGGCUUCCUAGUCCUAGCUCUGCAGAUUUGAUCUCGUCAAGUUUAUCAAUGUCCUCUACAGAGAUCUCGUCAGAUAAAGAAGAAGUUACUGUUGCUAACUCCGGCUAUUUAUCAACAAGUCUUAAUAAGGGUCAGUAUUGGAUCCCUACUCCUGCUCAGAUUCUGAUUGGUCCAACACAGUUUUCAUGUCCUCUUUGCUUCAAGACCUUCAACAGAUACAAUAACAUGCAGAAAAAAAGUGAAACCCUCCAUUCCUAUCCUUUACAUAUGCAUAUGUGGGGGCAUGGAUCUCAGUAUAGGAAAGGACCAGAGUCACUGAGAGGAACACAGCCAACCGCUAUGCUUAGGCUUCCGUGCUAUUGCUGUGCACCGGGGUGCAGGAACAACAUUGAUCAUCCAAGAUCAAAACCUCUUAAAGACUUUAGAACUCUUCAAACUCAUUACAAAAGAAAGCAUGGAAUCAAACCUUUUAUGUGUAGAAAAUGCGGCAAAGCUUUUGCUGUUAGAGGUGAUUGGAGAACCCAUGAGAAGAAUUGUGGGAAGCUAUGGUAUUGCACUUGCGGCUCUGAUUUUAAGCACAAAAGGUCUCUUAAAGAUCAUAUCAAGUCUUUUGGUCACGGCCAUGCUGCUUACGGUAUUGACUCUUUUGAAGAAGAAGAAGAAGAAGAAGAACCUGCCUCUGAAAUUGAGCAAGACAAUGAAUCCACUCAGUGAUUUUUUUUUUCUUCUUUUUCUUUUUUGAAAAUGAAAUGUCGUGAAAACUACCACCACCACCGUCGUCGUCAUCAUGUUUUGAGUUGAUUAAUUUUGUUUCUUCAAAAAUCAUGGACUCUUAAAAGCAAGAACCCAUUAAGCAUUAGAGUACUUAAUUUGAAAUCCAUCAUCCUCUUUUCUUGUUAUUUAUCUUCCUUUUUCAUUUUCUGCUUCCAAAUCUUUACCAUGUUCGAAUUUAUGGAAGACCAUGCAAGCUUUCUUUUA